CAGCGCAGCGGCGUCAACAUGGCGGCCAUGGAUGUCAUUGUGGAGCAGCUGGUGAAGCUGUGGAGGAUACCGGCGGUCAGGUGGUUUUUCCCCGGGUUGUUUCUGAUUCUUUCUGUUGUGGGAUCAGUUCUCAAAGAGCUGGACUUUGUUCCGGAGUCCUACUUCAGCAGCAGCAGGAACUUCAUCAACGUAUAUUUUGUGAAGUUCUCGUGGGGAUGGACGCUGCUGCUGCUCACCCCGUUCCUCCUCCUGUGCGGCUACAGCGCCCCGGCUCUUGGUAAAAGGCUGCUGUCUUUGGCCGUGGCCACAGCCGUCUGGUACGUCUGUACGGAGACCUUCUUCUGGAUCGAGGACGUCACGGGUUCCUGCUUUGAGAGCAAAGCGUCCGUCCUCGCCUUGAGCGAGUUCGCCUCCAAAUCCGCCUGCAGGCGGGCGGGCUUCCACUGGCGGGGCCACGACAUCUCAGGACACUCCUUCAUCCUGACCUACGCCUCCCUCCUCAUCAUGGAGGAGACGUCCCCGAUGAACCUGAGGACGUCCGCGCUGUCCGAGGCGUCCAAGACGCUCCUCAACCUGCUGUACGUAGCCUUGAAUCUGAUCGUCCUGACCUGGGUGUGGAUGUUCGCCUGCACCUCUGUUUACUUCCACGACCCGAAGGACAAGUUCCUGGGGACCGUAUGUGGCCUGAUGGGGUGGUACCUGACGUACCGCUUCUGGUACCUGAAACCCUUCUCACCGGGACUCCCCUGGCAGCCUAAAGUACAGAAACAGCAUGCCUAAACCCCGCCCCCACUGAUGGUUGCUUCACAGCCUUCAACAUGUAGAGGAUCAUUUUUAAUCUGGGUCCACCUGGACGUGAAACUUGAAGAUGUUUUAGGUUUUUCCAUCCCUUACAGGACAGCAGAGAACCACUCUGCUGUCCAGAGUGUUUACUGUUAGAAAAAGUCACGUUCUGCUACGUAGAAACCAACUCUGGAUUACGGAUCAGGAGGUUGAACGGAUUACAGCUGUAAGGUUAAAGAAAGAGCCUUCAGGCAGUCCGAAGUCUGCCUGCGAAUUGGAAACGAUUUAAACAAUGUUUAAAAAAAUGAAAUUGUGCAAAAAGUAAAAAAUCUGAUUCCCUACAGGCAAAAUUUGGUCCAUCAGAAACUGAAUUUCAUUUGUUAAAACUACAUUUUGUUGCUUAUUAUUUCCAAAUUCAGUUCCAAAAUUCAGUUUCUUUCUCAGACGACUGAACCUUGAACCACAGAGAAAUCGAACACAGAUUCAUGGAUCGCCAUCUAAUAUCUCAGGAUGGAAUCGGUCUCAUUACUCAGCGGCACCAUUAAAAACGUCUCUAAAGCACCCAGAUUACGAUGUUUCCUCCUGUUUCUGGCUGCAGAUGACGAGCCGCUAAUAAGCUAGCAGUGAAUGCUGGGGUUGUAGCCAUUCUCCUGUUGAAAUGUGUUCAAU